AUGGAUCUUCUAGAAAGAACCAUCUACCACGUCCCGGACCCCCCACGGCACCCGCGCCAGCGACCCAUGAAAGUCCUCGCCCUGGGCUUCUCCCGCUCAGGCACAGAAUCCCUCUCUCGCGCUCUCCAAACUCUAGGCCACGAACACGUCUUCCACGGCUGGCACGUGUGGCAAUCCCGACCCAUGCUCUGGCGCGCCUGGGCAAAGCUCAUCCGGCGCAAGUACGGCGCUGACGGGACAGUCCCCGGAGACUCCGGGUUAACCCGGGACGACUUCGAUGCGUAUAUUAGCCAGUUCGAGGCCGUGACGGAUCUCCCCUGGCCGACGUUCGCGCGGGAGAUGAUCGCUGCGUAUCCCGAGGCGCGCGUGAUUCUGAAUCGGCGGGGUGAUGUUGACGCUUGGUAUAGGAGCUACUGUACUGUGCUGAAACCGUUGACGUCGGGGUUGUUUUAUCAUGUUUUCCCGUGGUUCCAGGCGGAUUUGUAUUGGACGAGGCGGUUUGUGGAUGAGUUGCUCAAGCCGUAUUUCUACGGGUCGUGGGAGAGGCAUGGGAAGUGGGUGUACGAGGAACAUAGUGCUAUGGUUCGUGGUCUGGUGCCUGGGGAUAAUCUGCUGGAGUGGAGUGUUGAAGAGGGCUGGGGGCCUUUGUGCGAAUUCCUGGAUAAGGACGAACCGGAUGAGCAAUUCCCGUCUGGGAAUACGCCCGAGUAUCUCAAGGCAGCGUAUCAGUCGGACCUACAGCCUUUGCUUGUACGAGCACAACGCAAUAUUGCGAUUUCGGUGGGCUGUCUAUGCGUGAUUGCUCUGCUUGUCAAGCGUCCUCAGAUCAACUGGGACUUCAUUAGGAAAGUGGAUAUCCAGGGGUAUUUGAGAAAGUAA